AUGACCAAAUUGCUCUAUUUAAUCGCUUCAUGCCUACUUAAAUUGUCUUUAGAAAUUGACACGGACGCCCCAUGUAAGGUAGUAAGCUGCAGUGAUUCUUUAUCAGAAAACGUAUGUGUUCAUCAAGACGGAGAAACAAUACAGGUCAAAGCAUGCCCAACAAAUUACACUUGCAGCAAUCUUGCACAAUUUGGUGACUGGAACUCCUGGAAAGAUUCCAGCUGUAGUGAAGAUGUCCCUGAAACAAAAGAAAGCAACUGUACAGGCAAUCAUGAACUUGUGACUUAUAAUGAAUGCUGCAGUAAUGAUGAUUGCUUUAGCAAAAAGUGUAAUGAUGGGCAUUGCAAAAGCAUAAAAGUAGGGCAUUACUGCAAGAUAGAUGACCAUUGUGAGCCAAGCUACUACUGCUCUUCAAAUAACCUAUGUGUUCAAUCACUUGUAACUGGAACGCCAUGCCUGGCUUCAAGCCAAUGUGCAGUAGGUAUUGGAUGCAACCAAUACACUUACACCUGUAUAUCUUUUUUUUCGUUAGGUUUUGGAAAAGCUUCAAAUGAAGCGAAAUAUUGCAAAUCAAACUAUGUGAGAAAUGGGAAAUGUGAUAGGGUCAGCAUAUAUGUCGACAACGUAAAAUUAGAAGAACCUUUUUACUGCACUGUUCCGAGUACAUGCACUUAUAAAUGGGAUUCUGACAACACAACAGAUACAACCGCCCCUUGCCAAUGUGCUGGGGUUGGGUCAAAUAUAGGUUUCUGCAACCCUUCGCUAGGGCCAGUCCGAGGUAUUUCUGACGUUUUUUGGCCAAAGUUUCAAUACUCUGACUCAAGCUGCUCUGGAGAUGAUGGAAGCUCAAUUGAUAUUGAUACUCUUUAUUUCUGUAAUGCUGUGAGUGAUGAUGGAAAAAAUUACUAUAACGAAAUGAUGACGAUUUUUUCAGACUGGGCUCUUUAUCAUUCUGGUGCAAUUGACAACUGCUCAGAAGCCCUUAAACUAUAUAAUCCUUCCUACAAGAUGGAUUCCUGGAGCAAAGGUCAUUUACCUUUGUUGGCAUCAUUCAUGUUGUAUCUAAUCUUAAGCUAA